UUAAUCAGGUUAAUUAAUCAGAUAAACAAGAAGAAUGUUUACCAAUUAUCCGUCGUUCUUCCGGUUAUCGAAAUGUUGGACGCGUUUACGUCGAGAAAACACAAUCUCUCCUCGGAUGAAUUUUGUCUGGUAUUGUUCAUGAAAGAGACAAUCGAUGAGAAAAAUUGCAAAUCCUAUUCUAACUCGUUGAAGUAUCUCGUCGAGGAUGUUAAAGAAAUUCAGGUACCGUCAGAGUCGUUACAUUACGAGAUCGCAGAAUUAUUCAUGACCAUAGUUCGAUUUGAAUUUCCUUUGAGAAUUGCAUGCGAGGAUUUUAUAAAGCAAAAACCGUGUUACAAAAGAAACCAUGAUUUAUGCGAAAUAAUGGUGAUUACAUACGUCCUAAUCUUUCAAAUAUCUUCCUUGGCCAUUAAAAAUACCAUGGAUUUCUUCGUUCAUUUUAAUAUCGACAGAAUAUUGAAUCUCCUAUCUUAUUUGAUUCGCAAAAAAACAAUGGAUUUGUUUUACACGAAGAGUUGCGACGUAUUCGAAGAAAGUUUCGUCCAAGAAAAGAUAUAUGAACCUUAUUUGUUCGCUUUGCCAGGUUUGAAGGCUUUACGAAUUUAUUUGAGAGAAGAAAAGCAUCGUAUGAUGGCGAUACCGAAGAAAAAAACAACGAAGCCAAUUUUUAUGAAAGUUCUUAAUCAUGUGAAAAGAACAACGAAGUGUCCACCACCGACGCCAGAAAAUCUUACGGUGAGAAAAUCACCUCGGAAGAUACCAAACUCGAUUUACUUUUCAUCGUCUAUAGAAGAGAGGUUGAACAUUCUACGGGAAGCUAACAAAUAUCAAGCUUUACAUUUGUUAAGAGAAGCGAAUAAAAAUGCGCCGGCGUGUUCGAAGAAACGUGAAACUAAGUUAAUCGAGGUAGAACAAAAAAUCGAGAAACAUGAUAUUUGUCCAAGGAAACGCCUACCAAUCUUUAAAGUAAUUAUCGAUCUUUUUCCUGUCGAAAUUAAGCAAAAUGCAACUUCGAUUCUUCGAGAAUGUGCGCGAAUAGCCAACGAAGAAUUAAAGGAAGUAUCAAAAAUACAAAAGUUGGUCGAAGGCAACUUGGAUCCGAAAUCAAUAGAAAAAUUAAACGAGGAGAGGAGACAACGUGAGAGAGAGGAGGAAAUAAACAAGAUCGAAGAGAAGCAUUUGAUAGCGUUGCUAACACGAGAAGGUGCUUAUUUGGCAAAGAAAUCUCUUUUGAAUGAGAACAAAACUUACGCUCAGAAUGUUCGAGAGGAGAAAAAGGAGUUAUAUCAUAGAUUAGAAAAAUUGAGGACAGAACAUAAGAGAGAAAUGUUGGAGAAUGUUGAAAAAUGUCGGGAGCUCGAACAAGCUUCUAAAGAUGCUUACGAUUCUAUGAUCGACGAGAAACGUCAAAAAGCUGCCGAGGUAUCUGAAAAAUCGCGACAAUUGAAAAUAUUACUGGCUAAGCAAAGGGAGGAAGAAAUACAAAGGAAAGGUCAAUUAAUUAAAGAAAUUAAGGCUAUUCAAUCAUUAAGAUUGGCUACUAGGAACAAGGAAUUUGAUCCUACGGAAACAAGUGGUUUAGGAUUGUUAUGUGAGAUGUCAUUAACCGAGUUGAAGGAACGACUAGUUUGGGUGAAAAUGAAAUUGAAUGAGGAGUUGGAGAAACGUCAGUUUGUCAUUCAACGAGAACGAGAAAGGCAAAAGAAUAUAGUCAAAUAUAGUAAAAUCGCGCUGGAUGAAUAUAAAAGCACCAAGUUAGAUAUUAAUAAUAAAAAAAUUUUAUUCGAUCGUACAAAUAUAUUAUUCAUUUUGAUAAGUUUUAUUUGUUUAUACAGAAAAUCUGAUACGCGUAAGCGCGAAAAUGAAAAAGCAUUGAACGUUACUUCCGUUUCUCCUCAAGUAUUGAAACUGCAAAAAAAAUUGGAAGAAAGGAGAGCAUUGAGGACGAAAAUAUAAAGAAAUAAAAGAAAAAAAAAAUACAAGACUGCAUUCGAUCCAAGAAUUAUAGAUGAUAUAACUAAUAAAUAAAUGUCGUGCAGUAUGAUUUAACAACCUGUGCUUAUCUUGCUUGUCACGAAGGAAGAUUAUAUCAUAAUUGCGUUGAAAAACGUUCUUGAAACAUCCAAUAAAAGAUUACUAGCUUAUGAAAUUUGUGCGUGUUCGUCAUUCGAAUUAUAAUCCAUUGAGUGAGACGAGCCAGGAAAGACGUAAAUAAAACAGUUGCGUGCUAAGCGUGUGAUAGAUAAGUACACGGAAUAUUAACAAUCAUCUGACGAACGAUAAUUAGUUAAUUGUCGAAUUUAAGAGAGAAUUUACGUAGGCCAUUGUUAAAACUUGCUUCGACUUCCCGCCUAAAAAACUCUUAAGAUAGCCAUUUACUUGAUAGAUAAAAUCGUAACAAGUUGCUCUCGAAAAUAUUUCUGCGUUUGAGAGUAAUUAUCUGUGGGCAUAGUUCAACUGCAUACUUGAAAGUAUGAUUUAAUUACAUCUGAAAGCGAUUGCACUGUAACAUUUUUUCAAAUGGAAACAAAAGGCAGCUGUUCAUUUGCUCAUAGUAAAACUAUUACGGGUUGCUCUCGAGAGUAUUUCUUGUUAAUAGACACUGUGUUUGAGAGUAAUUGUCCUAGAGCAUGAAUCAAUUACAUAUCUAAUUGUGAUUGCACUGCAGCAUUUUCUUAAAUGGAAACAAAAAAAUAUUACUAUAAAAGAGUUCUCUCGAUUAAGAUGAAUCAGUUUCGUAUAUUGAAAAUAACUAUUGUGAGAGUAACAACAUAGAAACGUCUACAAGAAAAGAACGCAGGAAAUAGGAGAUCUUUGAAUUAAUAAUAAUAUAUGAAAUAUAGAUGCGGAUACACUGGCAAGUAACUUGCGGAAUUUCUUGCAAGAGCAAUUUGCGCGAGUGUGUUCAUUCCUCUGCAAAUAUUGAUGCGACUCAUUCUCUGUAGUAAUUCGUGAGAGUGAUUAUAUACAGCGCAUAAUGCUGUUAGAAGGAAAUCAUAAAUUUAAUACUGUUUAAAAUGUCAGUUCAAUGGGUUGCUGUUGCACAUGUAUAGCAGUUGUUUAAAAAAAUAAAAAAUAGAAAAGUCUGGUUGAAAA